AUGAGAUUCAACUCAAUCGCCGGAAAAGAGGAAGGCAUGAAACCUUUCGGUUACUGGACCAACGAAGGAGGCCCAGCGAAGGAGGCCCAGCGAAGGAGGCCCAACGAAGGAGGUGUCAACGAAGGAGGCCCAGCUAAGGAGGCCCAGGGAAGGAGGCCCAACGAAGGAGGCCCAACGAAGGAGGCCCAGCGAAGGAGGCCCAACGAAGGAGGACCAGCGAAGGAGGCCAAACGAAGGAGGCCCAACGAAGGAGGCCCAGCGAAGGAGGCCCAACGAAGGAGGACCAGCGAAGGAGGCCCAACGAAGGAGGCCCAACGAAGGAGGCCCAGCGAAGGAGGCCCAACGAAGGAGGACCAGCGAAGGAGGCCCAACGAAGGAGGCCCAACGAAGGAGGCCCAACGAAGGAGGCCCAACGAAGGAGGCCCAACGAAGGAGGACCAGCGAAGGAGGCCCAGCGAAGGAGGCCCAGCGAAGGAGGCCCAGCGAAGGAGGACCAACGAAGGAGGCCCAACGAAGGAGGACCAGCGAAGGAGGCCCAACGAAGGAGGCCCAGUGGAGGAGGCCCAGCGAAGGAGGCCCAACGAAGGAGGACCAGCGAAGGAGGCCCAACGAAGGAGGACCAACGAAGGAGGCCCAGUGAAGGAGGCCCAACGAAGGAGGCCCAACGAAGGAGGCCCAGCGAAGGAGGCCCAGCGAAGGAGGCCCAGUGAAGGAGGUGUCAACACAGAACACCUCUACCGUGGUGAGGUCGGUAACAACAUCUCCGCCACGCUGACCCUCAACAAGGAGUGGCACUCAGACAGAAGCUAUAUAUCUCACUGUGACAGCAGUUCCAUCACGUUGGAUGUUAUCGAUGACAACAUUCCUGUCAACCGGCUGGAGAAGUGUCUCAACCUGGAGAUGGGGUGA